GACUCGCUGACUGGGCGAGCAGACGUCAGACAGGGAAUUGUUGUGACUGAAAGGCGGUGUGUGCAGCUGCCUUAUUUAACCUGGAUUUUAUCUUAACAAAACAGUGACGCGUGCUAUGGGUGCCUGUGUGUGCUGGUGCAGGCCUAGUGGCCGCUGGGAGGUGCCUGGGAGUGCCUGGAUCUGCUGAUGAGGGCCAGGAAGGCUUCUAAUACUGUGUUGGAGGUGUGGGCUCGGCAUGACAUCGGGCCUGGCGAAACUCUAUGUAAGGUACAACACGAGCCAAUGUUACCUGUACGUCCAUUUGUAGGAGUACCAAACCCAAGGCAUGAUGAAGGCGUCAGGCGAUAAACAGUGCACACGCGGGACUGAGUCACUGAGUAAACACAGUGCAGUGGGCCGCGGGUGGCGCGAAGCAGUGCGCUCUGGUGGCGAGGGGGGGACAAAAAAUAACAACAGUGACAAGCAAACCAUUCCGGACCACCCCACCCAGACACCAUGGCCUGGCAGCGACCCCAUUCCAUCUGCUACAUGACGCUGGCUGAUGCAUUCCUGACACGGCUGCGGCAGGAGGCGGAGAGCAGGAGCAAGAGUCGGAUGGUGAAGGAAGGGGUGACGGUGGAGGUGGUUGCGGUGGAGGGGUGUCGGAGGGGGUUCGUGCAGGGGUACCUCAGCAGGGUGUACGAGCAGGGGCAGGGGACAUUCAGUAAAGCCAAGACAUUCGCCAAGCAGACCAUCUAUGAGUGUGAGAGAAGUAAUCAUUGUAAAGGCAGCUCCAGCGGGGAUCCCACCAAGACACGAGCCAAUGGGUGCUCUGCAUACAUAUCAUUCAUGUUUGAGGAGGGCGCCACCGUGACAGCCUGUGUGGUGCGGAGGCGUCUCACACACACCGGCCAUGACCCUAACAACAGGGAGGAGUCAAGAAUCAGCCGCAUUGACCUCAAGCUGCGGUUUCUGAUCGAGACGUGGCUGGGGGCGGGACUCAAGGUCAGCGAGGUGAUGGCCGAGGUUGCCAGGUGGAACAAGACACAUGGAUACACUGACCACCACAACCGUCGCUAUUUCCCGACUCGCCAGGACAUACAGCAGAUGGCGUUGACCCUCCGCCGGCCCUCCAAGCCCCCCCAAGGUCACCCACCGCGCCGAAAACCCAGGAAAUAUGAUACCCUGGGGAAGGACAAUGCAGUGCAGGUUCUGAGGACGGAGUUUAGGGAGUGGUGUGUCUUCCAGCAGUCUCGCACCACAGCUGGUCCUUCCCCGCGUCCCCUGGUGGUGGUGCUGCAGAACGCGGCCAUGAGGGAGGCUAUGGUGCAGUAUGGUGGUGACUUGAUGUGUAUACGGAAUAAUUUUGAAGGGCUGCGGCAGUACGGCAGUGCGGUGUACGUGGUGGCAGUGAGUGACAGUGAUGGCAACGCUCACCCGGCAUCCUUCAUUGUGACCAGUGACGACGAGCCAGCCACAUUCCUGCUGGCCUUCCGAGAGCUGCUCACCCACUGCCCUGCCACCCCCAGAGUGGUGAUGCUGGACAGGGAGAUACAGGUGUUUGCUGAGGUGCUGGCCACACUGCUGCCUGACACACUGUUCCUCCUCCCUUGGGUGCAGGUGGCUCAGGAGGUACACCAGUGGCUGCAGGCAUCCCAGGCAGCAGGAAAGGAAAAUGCAGGUGUGAGGAGGAUGUUACUGCAGUGCCUUCAGGAGCUGAGGGCCUGUGACACGAAGGAAGCAUUUGUGGAGGUGGUGGGGCAGCUGGAGGGGCGUGCGGGGCUGGAGGGUUUCCGAGCCAUGCUGUGGACAGAGUGGCUGGCUCACCCUACACGCUGGAGUGACUUUGGCCGGGCUGCUCUGUGUGGUGGCCCGGCUCAGGCUGCUGUGUGGGAGAGGUUCUUCCUGAGGCUGCAACACCAGUUCCUGAAAGGUGUGCACACCAGGAGGACGCUGCCAGACCUGCUCAAGUUACUCACUGAAACCGUCACCCACAGGAAGAAUGCGGGCGACACCCUGCUGGACGUGUCUCUGCUGCUGGAGGGGUCGGCAGUGGAACGCGCUGCAGCACUCAUCAAGCAGGGGUGGCCACAGCUGGUCACUUGGCAGGGGCCAUGGGUGGCACACGUGCCCUGCCACACCCUGCUGGAGACAUCCUACCGCGUCAACCUGCUCACCCUGGAGUGUGAGUGUCCCCUGCUCACCUUUGGAGGUCCUUGUGUGCACCUUUGCCUGGUGUCCUCCCUGGCUCAGGUACGGCAGGGUGCCUCACCGCAGCAGGAGCGGCAGCAGCUGGCCCAGGCAGCACUGGAGCAGGGGGACUACUUGCUGGAGGCCGACUGCUGCAUGACCUUCCACAGUGGCGGCGUGUGCGUCACCGAGCUGGCGUCUGGCACCUGCACCUGUGUGGCAGCUGCUCUGGACACCGCCUGUGUGGGUGCCCUGCUGGUGGACUUGGCCAGGGAGGCAGGCCACACCCAGGCCCUGCCACCCGUGCCCCUUGCAGCGCCACUGGCCAUCAAGGCUGAAGAGGACCUGGCUGCCUCUCAGUCACCUGUCAUCAUCCAAACACACACCGGACUGCCACACAGCCUCACCAACACUCCCCAGGAUCUGCAGGAGGCCCAGGAUCUGGACCAGGCCCACUCCCUCUCCUCCAAGGCACUGCUGGAGAAGCUGUACCUCUGGUCCACCACCAAGGACUUCACAGACUCGGAGAUCCUGCACCGCCUGCUGCAGGCCACCCAUGAUGCUGUGUGGGGCAGCCAGCCACCCCCCUCACCCCCUCCUGCCGCGCCGCAGCCCAGGCUAGCAGCUUCCUGCGGCAGUGACAGGCUGCGGGCUGUGGUGCGCACCGUACGGAGGAAGAAGAGGAGGUGGGUGAGGCUCGGACUGCUGUCGCCCAGAUGACUCACAGCGGCACAGUUGGCAGUGAAUCACUGUGGUGUCUGCCGAUUCAUGUACAGAUAAAACUCACUCUCAACACAACAUAUGAACCUCAUUUACCUUAUUUUUAUAUUUAUGAAGUACAUCGAGCACCGCCUGACAUGGUGGUGGUGAGCUGCAUGCCACCGGCUGGCACACCUGUUAUUUUGCCGCUGCAUCCAUCAUGGAAAAACUGAGGAAGCAUCACCACCACAUGGCAACAUAAGUUCCUGCCCAAUGCCUUAGCUGAUGAAGACAGUCCUUGGAGUGGUUUUAUUACACUUGCUUGGGGAAACAUGUACUUCAUUCAUCAAGUGCCUCUGCCCUCACUCUUUAUUCAGCCUUGAGUUAGACAUGUAUCCAUAAGUGAGGCUAACACAGUGAGAGUGAUUAUGUGAUACAAGUGAAGGCCUAAGAAAAUGUGUUGCAAAUAUGUGCCUAACUGUCAGCUGCAGAGGAGGAGGUGAGGGCAGAGGCAUUUUAUAAGCACAAUAAAAUUUGACAAAUCAAACCAUUGGGCAAGAACUCCAGCAUUGCCAGAUAGCAGUGAUACUUCCCGUGCUGCCCUUCCCUGGUGGACACAGCAGGCCACUCAUUGACAUUACGUAAUAUCCAGCAGUGACUGUGACCUGCCUGUGGAGUGCUGAGAGGAACACCAUGCGGCCUCUCCCAUUGUGCUCCAGAGAUUCUGAAAUGCCAUCACUUUCUCAUUAAAUUAUUUUUAUA